AUGUCUUCCUUUGCUUUCCUUCUUCUGUGCGCCCAAGCUUGCUUGGUACAGAAUGUAUUCGGCCAAUGCCUCGGUCCAGCACCAAUGGCGUAUGCUCCAUCUAUGGCGCCUUACGGCUAUGGCGCUGGUCUGCCAGCCGCGCCAUUCGGUGUAGCACCAAUGGCAGUGGAGCUCGGCGGGCUCGGAGCUCCCAUUGAAGUCGGCGCGUACGGCGGUGCCGGUGUUGGUGACGUGGCGGUCGCUGGUGAAAUGCCAGUCGCUGGCACAACAUUCGUUGCCGGACAAGUACCCAUCCUCGGCGCAGUACGCUUCGCUGGUGAUCUGCCAGCCUGUGGCACUGUCACCAUCUCUGGCAGCUGCGGAUGCGGAUGCAACAGUGGUCCUUGGAUUCCAGCAUCGUAUCCUAGAGGAGUGUAUCCGUACGGCCCUGCAUACGUGUUGAUAUCCUCGCUCAGUAUCACUACAUCCCCGUUACCGCAUGUGUAUGCAAUCGCGCCAGUACCAGCCGUCGGUAAAGAGCCUUCUAAAGCAACUGCACCUAAGAACGGUAUGGAAGAACUACUAGUAAUAAUAAAGCCUCCGCCGUUAGAAGCGGUGGGUGUAAAGGGUGCUGCCCAUUCUGCAGUAGCGAAUGGAGUGGCGGUACAAGGUUCGGAAACCCAGGACGCUGUUAUUGGAACUUCUAACGUAUUCAGCCAGUGCUUGGGACCCAUGCCAUAUGGUUCGACCGCAGAUGCUCUAGCUCCUGGUUUACCUCCUUAUAACUAUGGUCCCGCAGCGCCAUUCGGUGUGGCACCAAUGGCAGUAGAGCUCGGCGCGUACGGCGGUGCUGGCGUUGGUGAUGUCGCGGUCGCUGGCGAGAUGCCAGUCGUUGGCACAACCCUCGUCGCUGGACAAGUGCCAAUCCUCGGCGCCGUGCGCUUUACUGGUGACCUGCCAGCCUGUGGCAAAGUCACCAUCUCUGGCAACUGUGGAUGCGGGUGCAACCGUGGUCCUUUUUAUUAA